AUGCCCCCUUCCACGCGCUGCGACACCGCCUGCACGCCGCACCGCACCACCCCCGACUUGCCGCGGUGCGUACACUGUACUGACACUGCAUCUGUUGGUGGUGAUGCUGCUACCGCAAAGAUGCCCCCUUCCACGCGCUGCGACACCGCCUGCACGCCGCACCGCACCACCCCUACUUGCCGCGGUGCGUACACUGUACUGAGACUGCAGCUGCUGGUGCUGUCGCCUUCUUGUGAGAUAUUGGAGGAGAGUGUGGGCGAUCAGUGCGACGUGGCGGAGCUGGAGACGCUGCUGCGCGAGUUCGCGCGCGUGCAGGCCGCGCACCGCCGCUACCGCCUGCUGCAGCGCGCGCACGCCGGCUCAUAG